GCCUACUAUCCGUCCGUCUCUGCCAACCGAUGGCUUGCAGUACGUCUCGAGCUGAACGGUAACUUUAUAGUGUUCUUUGCGGCGUUAUUCGCCGUGCUUGCUCGAGGUGACAUCGACCCAUCCAUCGUGGGUUUGAGUGUUUCGUAUGCACUCAGUGUGACGCAAGGACUCAACUGGAUUGUGCGUAUGUCAUCCGAACUUGAGUCCAAUGUGGUCGCGGUGGAGCGAGUGAAGGAGUACACGGAUGUGCCUACUGAGGCCCCCGCAGUAGUGUCUGGGCAUCGCCCUCCCAAGCUGUGGCCAUCACUCGGAGAGGUCAAGUUCACUGAUGUGAGUAUCCGGUACAGAGAUGGACUGCCAAAUGUCCUUAAGAACGUGUCUGUGGACAUUAAGGGAACGGAGAAGGUGGGUGUGGUGGGUCGAACAGGAGCUGGUAAGAGUAGUCUGACCCUGGCGCUGUUCCGCAUCAUGGAGUUGUCGAGUGGGGACAUAGUCAUCGAUGGCCUCAACGUCGCUGAUAUGGGCCUCGAAGACCUGCGCUCUCGUCUCACCAUUAUUCCGCAAGAUCCCAUCCUUUUCACA